CGCGGUACUCUCUGACACCGAGAGGCUUCUCCCACUUGUGGACCAGGUGGACGGUAACAUGUCUGAUCCGGUCAAACGUCAGACAUCCUUCCUCAUCGAGGACAUCCUCUCCAUGAAAGACAAAGUGGGUUCUGUUGAGAAAUGCUGCACCCAUGCAAAGGAAGAAUGGGAAGAAGACGGCAAAAAGUUGGCAGAGUCAUCUUUUGUGGACCACACAGCAUCACUGGACACAUCCUGUCCCAGCACGUCCGAGUCAUUUGUGGAAAAACCCAAACGCACCAGAGCGGCAUUCACGCAUCUCCAAGUGCUGGAGCUGGAGAAGAAGUUCAACCACCAGAAGUACCUGUCGCCCCCCGAGAGAGCCCACCUGGCCAAUGCGUUAAGACUGACCGAGACCCAGGUGAAAAUCUGGUUUCAGAACCGCAGGUACAAAACCAAGAGAAAGCAGCAGACGUCGGACUUCAUCAAGGACACUUACAAAGCGGAAGGACUGGACCCGUCCAUGUUCUUAAACUCUUUUUGCAGAGCGUAUCAGUACAGACCCUUCUUGUGGCACUACGGUGGUCCCUGGAGGCCGGUUUUGUGGUGAAAUUUUUUUUUUUUUUUUUUUAAACCUCAAAAAGUUCGUAGACUGUGCAAACAUGCCAUUUCAUUGCUGUUACUAUAAUUCUCUCUAUUUGUACAUUUUUAAGACAACUGAAUGAAAUGUUCCAUGAGCCAAGAAGAAUGAGAUUAUUAAAUUUAAUUAACAAUCAUACAUUUUACUCUUAUUUGAACAUUUGAAAUAAUGAUGAUCACAUACAUUUAUAGCUUUAUUGUACAAAUGAGUGUCAUUUAUAAAAAUGUCUUAUAGCUCUGGCAAUUUUGAAGAAAUGCAUUUUUAUUAUAAUAAAAUAUU